CGAUUAAUGACAGUAGUAUUUUGCUAUGCCUUGGCAUGCAUGACAGGGGAAUUUGGGAUAUCCCCUAGAUGAGAAAGCAAGCACAGCGUGUAUGUCAGUGUGCUUUUUCAACAGGAGGCGCAGCGGUGCUCAUGCACUGUAUUUGUUUCGGUCUCCGUGUUUCUUCCUGCUCUGACUGUGCUCCGUAUGAAACUAAAACAACGAUGACAAGGCCGCAACUUCUGUGUAAAUGUCCGCAUCAAGGAGUUGUAGGAUAUCUCCAAAUAUUUAAUUAGCGCACAGAAUCCGGUUAGUAGCGGGGUGCCAAAACGACAUAUCCCCGCCUGAAGUAGUCAGUCGGCGGCAUGUCGCUGAGCUCAGGCGGGUGGACUCACACACCUCCUCCGGCCCAGUCAUCGUCUCAUCUCGGCCAUGAGGCCUUGCAGUCGGGCUGCAACACUGUUUUGAUGUCGGUGAAGGUGUCAGUAUGCCACUCUGGUGUACGCCCGCUUUGUCUCCCGGGCGCCGGAGACGAAUCUCUCCGUCUUCAGCUGAGCAUGGACCCGGGGAAGGCAGGGGAAUUCCGCCUCGCGUUACGGGGCAUCAGCGGAGCAGCGGCUGGACGCAGUGUGUCCAUUGCUGAUUUUGACCUCAGGACUGUUCGUUAUGAAGUAAAGUCACCACUGUGCCAUGAACUGAGUUUGGCUACACCUCCACACGACUGUAUUACAUUCAACUUCCGCUGUGAGCAGGAAGCACAGGAGUGGGCCACUGUGGUGAUGUCAUCACUUUGCGAGGCCCAUAGAGUGGUGAUUAAUUCCCCUACUGAAGUUGAACAGCUACCUCCUCAGCCUCUGAAUUCACAAAGCACUGCACUCGUGCCACGUACAGAGGAGAUCUGUGCAGAGCUGGUUUGUGCUAUAGAGGCAGGUGAUGUUCGGGCAGCUUCUGUUUGUGCAACAUCUUUAGCUAAACAGAGAGCAGCUCUGUGCAUUCAGCCUUCUAAACGAAAUUACGCAGACAAAGACAUCAGCCUGGCUGUGGUGGUAGAGGAUGCUUCCUCGUCCUGUUGUGUCACAGUGAAAGUCUUCCCCCAAUCUACAAUUGGUGCUCUCAAACAGCAGAUCUUCACAGACUAUGGUUUUCAUCCACGUGUGCAGCGCUGGGUCAUUGGUCAGUCGUUGUGCUCUGAUCAUCGUUCUCUGGCUUCUUAUGGAGUUCAGCGAGAUGGCGACACUGCGUUCCUUUAUCUGAUUUCUGCCCGUCAGGCUCGUCUCAGUCGAGGGCUUUACCAACUAGAUCAGGAAAGUGCUUUACUCAUGCCUGCCCUAGUGCCAACAUCUAAUCGCCCCCACCAAAAACCAGUUGCCAAUGGGCCAGCGGCGUUGAACACCGCAUCAAGGCCAUAUAGCACCCUACCUACAAGACUGCAAAACAGCCAUAGUACUCUGAGCGACAGUGCUGGUGGCACGGAUCAGUUGGGUUUGGUUGAAAAACGUGACCUGAUUAAUCUUGAGAUGCCGCAGUUGAAUGAAGCCCUUGUGCCCAACAGAACAAAUACACAGCUGGGAUGGGCCUGCCCAUCAUGUACAUAUAUUAAUAAACCAACACGACCAGGCUGUGAAAUGUGUAGUGCAGACCGACCCGAAGGGUACACUGUUCCUGGCAACUACAGACCAGAUGCUCUGGAGCUACGGCGCAUUCAGCAAGAAAAAGAAGCGAUCAGGCAGUACCAACAGGCCAGAGAGGCAGAGCGUCGGGAAAACUAUGCACGUCUGGUGCAGAUGGACGGACAGGAUCUGGUUCCUAACCCAGAGAGAGUGGAGUGCAGGAUAUGCUUUCUGGAGCUUAAUUCUGGGGAGGGAGUCCUGCUCCGAGAGUGUCUCCACUGUUUCUGCAAAGAGUGUCUCUGCUCUGUGAUUCUGAUGUCUGAGGAUCCUCAGGUGGCAUGUCCAUACAGAGACGAGGCCUACACUUGUGACUGCAUCCUGCAGGAGAGAGAAAUCAGAGCUCUGGUGGCAGUGGAAGAUUAUGAGCGUUGGUUGCAGAGAGGGCUGUCUGUUGCAGAGUCUCGAUGUGAGGGCAGUUAUCACUGUGCAACUGCAGACUGUCCCGGCUGGUGUGUUUAUGAAGAUACUGUCAACACUUUCCACUGCCCAGUCUGCAAAAAACAGAACUGCUUGCUCUGCAAGGCCAUUCAUGAAGGGAUGAACUGUAAGCAAUAUCAGGAUGACCUGGCAGCUCGUGCCAUCAAUGACUCUGCAGCUAGAAGAACCAGAGACCUGCUAAAGACUCUUGUUAACUCUGGAGAAGCGAUGCAUUGCCCCCAGUGUGGUAUUAUUGUGCAGAAGAAGGAGGGCUGUGAUUGGCUCCGCUGUACAGUAUGCCACACUGAGAUCUGCUGGGUCACCAGAGGACCACGCUGGGGGCCAAAAGGUCCUGGAGACACGACUGGUGGCUGCCGCUGCAAUGUUAACAAACAAAGAUGCCAUCCAAAAUGCCAGAAUUGUCACUGAGAAAGGGAAAAAGAGGGUAAGAGUUAGAAACAAAGAACAUAAGGUGAGAGGGAGAGACAUAAAGAGUAGUGACAUUUUAUGGCAGUUUUUGACUUUAUGAAAGCUUCUGAUAUUACCUUGAGUGUUUGGAGACAUAUCCUCUCCACCUGUCUGAACUGCAUUUCAGUUUCUGACACUCUUAGUGGUGUUGUAAAACACAACUGUAAUACGUUUUGAUUAGAAAUGUGUAGGUCUGUUAUACAACAAAUGUUGGUGCAUUUUAUGUGAUUAAAUCAUGAAAGCAAAUUAAGGCACCGAGGGGAAUCCACUUGAAAACAAAGGAUUGACCCUUUCUAUCAAACAACUACUGUAUAAGAGUCCAGUCCACUUAUUAGUUUUACUAGCUUAUUAGUUAACUGAUGUAUUUAUUUUUUUUAUUAUUCCAUAAAUCCUUAAAGGGAUAGUUCACCCAAAAAUGAAGGUCCAAAAAGCACAAAGGCAGCAUAAAAGUACAUCCAUUAUAAGGACCUGACAGAGCUUUAUGUUCUUCUAAAAAAUCUUCAUUUGUGUUCUGCUGAAGAAAGACAGUCAUACACAUUUUGGAUGGCAUGAGGGUGAGUAAAUGAUGAGAAUUUGCAUUUUUGGGUGAACUAUCCCUUUAAAUUCCACUCAGUGUUAAGUUAAUCAAGUAUCACCUUAUGAGUGCUUAGGUGGUUUCUAGGAAAGCAUUUUUAUUUAGAAUCAGCAGCAAAUGAAAGUAAGGUUGCCUUUGAAAUGGCUGCAAAACUUCAUGUUCGUACAGCCACUACAAAAUACAAACUGAAUAUUAAUUUUAUUUGAGUGAAGAGUUGCAACUCUGUAACUAUACAAAAUUAUUUAAGGCAGGAUAUCUACUUACAGGCUGCUUGAACUAGUGACAUCUGAUUUACAAACAAAAUGUUCUGCUGAACCGGGUCGACCUAUUCAGUCCAACUGAUUUGCAAAAAGAUUGUAAAUCAACUGUAAGAGAGAAAUGUGAGAUUAAAACUGAGGUGGGUGACAUGUCAGAACCAUAUAAAACACAAGAUUUGGUGCCAUCUAUAUAAUCAAAAACAGUUUGAUAAACAGCAGUAUAUAGGAGUAUAUAAAGGUAUGUUUCAACACAGAUGAAAUGAAUAAUCAUCUUUAUCGAAAAUAACUUUCUGAACAAAAAUGAUUUUCUGCAAUAACUCGGAUGUCCCAAUGCUCAAAGUUUACUUCAUAAAGAACUGCACUCACAUAUCUAGAUGUCAGAGACCACAUAUUUAUAUUGGGACGAAAGAAAAAGAAUAUAGAUGACUUUUAUUAAGAACAUGCACUUAUGAAUGUUUUAGAAAUUACCACGUGUCCGUCCACUGUGACAGGGUUAUAGUAAUCAAACUGGAGUAUCUUUAUUUUCCCAUCUAAUCUAAUAACAGUCCCAUGAGGACAAAGAUAAAGCCAAAGCUAAUCAGAAACUGCAGUUUGUCAUUUAAAUAAGAGAAUUGUUACAAUGCACUUACACAAAUACUCGUGUAUUUGACUUGUCUUGCUUUUAAAAGCUAUACUACUCUGUAACUGAAGUGUGAAGUGCCUUUUCUUGCCACUUGUUUUGUCCAAGCCAUGUAACCACUAGCAUUAGCAAUAAGAGUGUCACAUUGUUAUUAUUUUAUAUUUGUUGCUGUUGUUGUAGACUUUUGUGAUCUAAGAUAACUUAAUAAUGUGUGCAGUGUUCUCCCUCAACCUUUCCUAAGAACCAAAACACGUUGUAUUUUACCACUCAAUGCACUGCUUUCAGGUUUGAUGAUCUGUUUGUAAGUUGGUGAUUAUUUCUUGGGAAGUUUGUGUUGACAGCCCAGGAAUUAAGAAUUGUUUUAAUACUACAAUGUAAUGCUCUGCUGAUUUUAGAGCUGAGAUAGUCGUGUAGAAAUUCCUCAAGACUGAUCUUAGCCAAAGGAUUAACAUCCAAAGCUUUAUAUCUAUGCACUGUAAUAAGAUAAAAUCACCCAAAGCAUCUAUUAUUUCCUUGAGGCAAAGUCAUAUGCAUAUAGCAGAGUAGUUUCACCAACUGAAAAGUUUUGGAAUUGUAAAGCACUCAUGCAGAUGUCAUAACUGAGAAUCCAAUGAAAUUGAACGUGGAGUGUAAUUGAAGAAUCUUCAGUCACAGACUUGUUCAAUCUUUAGCAUGAUACUGAUUUGGAAUCUCACCACCAUUCAGAUAUAUGCUCUAGGAAGUUUAAUAAGUAGCAUGUAACUGCAUGUACUGUACAAUAGAAAAAAUGUGCACAUGCAGAAAUCAUAUAUUUUUAACUCAGUAGAAAAAAUCUGACCUCAGGGUUGCAAGUCUUAAUAAAGUGCCUUACAGAUUAUAGUACUGAGCAGCUUUUUGUACAUAAGUUAAAUAUUCUUGGUAAAGAGCUGAACUAAUUUAAUAUGCUUCACAUUGUCUUUAAAAGAAAACACAAUAAACAGUUG